UGUGCUGGAUCCAGGGAAUUCUUCAAGCCUGUGGUUGAGCUUGGCUGGGGGGGGGGGGGGGGGGGGGGGUGUGUACUCUUGAAAAGUUCUGAGCCUGUCAGCCCAGCCCAGCCCACAGACUGUAGUUGAUGGUCCAGGAACAGUACUUGACUCAACGAAAUGACAUUCACACCUCAGAAAGACAGUAUGUCUACAAGGUUGGGAUUUACGGUUGGCGGAAGCGAUGCCUUUACCUCUUUGUCCUUCUCCUGAUGACUCUGCUGUUGGUGAACCUCGCUCUGACAAUAUGGAUCCUAAAGGUCAUGAACUUCACUAAGGACGGCAUGGGGCAACUAAGAAUCACCGACAAGGGACUGCGGCUGGAAGGAGCAUCCGAAUUUUUGCAGCCUUUGUAUGCCAAAGAAAUCCGAUCCCAAGCAGAUAGUUCCCUUUACCUGCAGUCAUCUCAGAAUGUUACAGUAAGCAUCCGCAAUAGUGAAGAUCAGAUUGUUACCCAAUUAAACACAGGGAGUGAAGCUGUGGAAGCUCGGGGGCGGAGGUUCGAGGUCAACUCCAAUACCGGAAAGUUGUUAUUUUCUGCGGAGGAGAGUGAAGUGGUGGUGGGAGCUGAUCGCUUACGAGUCUUAGGUGCUGAAGGUGCCGUCUUUGAAAGAUCUAUUGAAACACCGCAAAUCCGGGCCGAGCCUUUCAAAGAACUACGGUUGGAAUCACCCACUCGCUCCCUGAUACUCGAGGCACCUAAAGGGGUCGUAAUCGAAGCAGAAGCGGGCAACAUGGAAGCAAUUUGCCAAACUGAACUGAAGUUGCAAUCGGAAGAUGGCGAAAUCAUUUUGGAAGCCAGGGACAUUCGACUGCCCGGCCUACCUAUGGGAUCGUACUCUUCCACGCCGUCUGCUCGGCAAAACACCUUCGAGGUGUGCGUCUGCCCGAAUGGAAAGCUGUUCCUUUCUCAAGCCGGAGUGGGGUCCACCUGCCAAAUAAACAGCAGUGCCUGUCUAUAAAGUGGGGAGAGAGUUGAGGGGGGGGGGGAGGGGGGAGAGGAGAAAAAAAGAAACAGAGAGACAUAAGUCCACAGGCACCAUCGACAGCUGGCAGAGACUUACUAAACGGUCGGCCAUUUCCCCGUUACUUGAGCCUGCCGCGCCCUGCGCAGUAGCCCUCUUGAGUAGACUUUGUGCUGACCGACUUCAACCCUGCUCGGAAAGUGUCGUCUCACAGCGGGAGAUAAAGCGGAUGGAAGGAGGAGUCAGUGAGACGCGUGUGUUCCUAUACAAUCUCUGUUCAAAGAGGGAGGACAAAAAUAAAACAAAAGUAUGCCUUUGCCUUAACUGAAAGCACUCAGCGAGGAAAGCACAUUAUUUUUAGGUUUCGUGUGUGUGUGUGAUUGGGAGUGCAACGAUUGCAAAUAUAAAAUAAAGCUGAUCGACUUCCACUAUAGGAGCUAGUCCCAGUAAUCAUCAGGUUAUGGACUGUGAAAUGUUUGGUUGUGGUUACAUUAGGAAGGAGAGGAGAAGGUGCGAAGACGGUAUAACAAGGUAAUGUGGUUUAAUUUCUACGCUUCAGGGAACGUGAUGGCGGGUGUCGAUGAUCACAAUAAUCCCGUUUUGAGGGAUUUUUCGUUGUGGUACGUCAGCGUACUCCAGUUAUACUGUUCUUUUUGAAGUCUAACAUCGUAAAAACGUUGAUCAAUGAAUAAAUUCUUCACUUUUUAAUCCUU